AAAGUGUUUUCUUUCAAUGUUAACUAAGCUGCUAAGAACAUCAGCUUUAACAUCAGUAAACGCUUGUUUGACUUAUUUAUUUAUAACGUUUAAUUCGGAAAUUCUGGUAUCGAAUCCUGUGUGUUUCAUCUGUAAAAAUAAAUACUGAUGAUGUAUUAUGAUGCCAUAUUUGGUGGUUACAUCUCUAUAUUAUCAAUUGUUUUGUUUAAUAUCUUAAAGAUAUGCAAAACACACAAUCACAAUUAUUUAUUGCAAGGCCAACGCGCUUAUCAUCUCCUUAUCGGAAAAUUGCAUAUAACAUAACUUAAGGUGGCUGGAUCGCUAUCGCCAAAAUAGCCUUUAACCCUUGUUUCAAGUUUUCCUGGUCCAUUUAAAUUGGAUGCUCUUUGAUUAUAAGACAAGGCGUUUGUCAAUUUUUCGAUGAAAAUACAAGCAAUUUUUCAUAGAGAUUUCAAUGAAAAUAGAUACCAAUGCCAGUACAUUGAAAAGGAAAAUAAUUACGUUUGUCAUAAAAAAUUGUUAUUUCAUAACAACACAAUGCUAAUAAUUAUAAUAAACUAAUAUUAAGCCGAUGUGAAUAUUAAAAUAAUUGAAUUCAUGCACAACAACCAAGUCCUAACGAGUUUGUGAUUUGAUUAUCAUAAAUAUAUAACAUUUUAAUAUAUAAUAUCAAAACUGGACAUAUUCCAGUGGCGUAACUAUACGAACGGGGGCCCGUGGUAAUUUCUUUUGAUGGAGCCCUAUCAGAAAAAUUCGUUACGUUGUACUCAGUUUAAUUUUAAUAAACUUCGAAAUUUUCAGCGUACACAAUUACACGUUGUAUAUGUCCCACUAAUACCACAAAAAAAAACUCCUCUCUUACGCGAGAAGGAAUGGUCUGUAGACGCCACGCUAGCCCAAUGCGUGUUGCAUUCAUCCAUAGAUCAUAAUAUCUCAAUGCAUUCAUCAUCUAUUCGCUAGCUUUUCGGCAAAGGAAACCUGAGGAAAUCGGCAUACAUUUACAAUGAAAUUAAAAAAUGAGCCCGCGGCCUCUUGGGUAGGGGGCCCGUUGUAUUUUGCCAGCUCUGCCACUCUAUUGCUACGCCACUGACAUAAUCCUCAGUAAAUCAUAAAUAAUUUAACAAUUGUAAAAAAAAUAGCUGGAGGGACGGCGUUGACAAAAUUAAAGCUAUUAAAAACAUGGAUUACAAUGAAAACACUUUUAAAUGUGUGUUUGAAUAAACAUAACACAUGUGACAUCCGAUCUCAAUGAGUCACGGUCAUGCAUUUUAUCACUAGGAACAAAGUGUGAUCUAAUGAAACACUAUACUCCGCGAAAGUGUAUAUAGUUUACGUGCACAAACGCAAUGUUGCAAGUUAACAUCAUGAAGAAAAUAUUAAUAUAAAAAUAUCAUUCUAACGCUGUGUUGAGAAACAAUGCUUACCGACUCUGCUACAGCGUGAGGUUCAGAAGGAUGAUCAGUGAUGGAAAGUACCAAGCGAGCGUACUAAUUCUCACCUACUUUACAUACAUGACAUAUCACCUAACGCGAAAACCGAUAUCAGUGGUAAAGAGCAUCCUUCAUCAGAACUGCAGUGCGCUACCACCCCGGCCGGGUUUGACUGCCGCUGAUGACCAGUGGUGUAAUUGGGCGCCAUUCAAUACGGAUGACGCAAAUACGCUGCUUGGCGCUCUUGACUCUGCUUUCUUAUUCAGCUAUGCCGGGGCUAUGUUUAUAUCCGGUAUGAUCGCCGAAAGAGUGGAUUUGAGGUAUUUCCUCUCAUUUGGGAUGCUGUUUUCAGCAAUUUUGUGUUACCUCUUCGGCCUCGCGAAAACAUUUAAUAUACAUGACAUAUCAUAUUAUAUCAUUGUACAGGCAGGUGCAGGCAUAGCUCAAACUACUGGGUGGCCCGGCACGGUGGCCAUAGUUGGUAAAUGGUUCGGAAAUAGUAAAAAGGGACUCAUUUUCGGAAUUUGGAACUCGCAUACGUCUUUGGGAAAUAUUUUGGGCACAGUAAUGGCGGCCGAGUAUGUGGAGAGUGAUUGGGCGUUGUCGUUCGUCUACCCGGCGUUAGUUAUGGGAAUAGUAGGCUUUAUAGUGUUUUUGUUUCUCGCUGCCGAGCCCAGGUGCGUUGGUCUCACUGUGGAAAGACCAAUGCCGAGCAGACAGGCCCGAAGAUCUGUUGAUGAAGAAGAGCCGUCACAGGUCAUUGUUGGUGAUCAGACAGCCAGCCUUCGACCAAACCGACAUUCUGCUAACUCACCCCCGUAUCAAGAUGAGGAGCCCUCAGAAUCGAGCGCACUCCUCGGUCGCUCUCGAUCGCACACUGGCGCCGUCUCUCUCUCGCGCGCGAUGUUGAUACCCGGAGUGAUAGAAUUUUCUCUAUCCUUGUUCUUCGCAAAGCUAGUCAGCUACACCUUUCUCUAUUGGCUGCCGCUUUACAUAAAAUCUUCCACAUCCCUAACUCCACGCCAAUCUGGUGAAGUUAGUACAGCUUUUGACGUUGGCGGCGUAUUGGGCGCCAUUGUGGCCGGACUUUUAUCGGACGUAGUCGGAUGUCCGGGUAUAGUCUGCACCGUUUUCUACUUCCUAUGCGCUCCAACGCUUCUCUUCUACCAGUGGUGGGGUGCCACGUCUUAUUAUUUGAACAUUGGCUUACUUGUAAUAGCUGGUGUAUUAGUCAACGGACCGUAUGCUUUGAUAACUACGGCGGUUAGUGCGGAGCUAGGAACACACAGCAGUUUGUCGGGUGAUUCACAGGCACUAGCCACUGUCACUGCCAUCAUUGAUGGUACAGGCAGUAUUGGAGCAGCUGUUGGACCUUUAUUAGCAGGAGUUGUGUCAAGUGCUGGAAGUUGGUCACAUGUCUUUUAUAUGCUGAUUAUAUGCGACUAUAUGGCUCUAGUCUUCCUAAUACGAAUAGUGAAAUCAGAAGUACAAAAAAUACGUCAGAACAGGAGGCUGGCAUCGCCGCGACUCGUGCGCAUCGAGUAGCAGUAUUAUAUUUAUAAUAAACAUAUUGACUAAC